CUCUCUCUCUCUCUCUCUCUCUCUCUCUCUCCUCCCACCCACUCUGUCUUCGCGGUGAAGUUCCAGAUUCUGCCGUCAUCCCAAAGGUUAAGCAACGUUCGCAAUUCAACUUCGAUUGAGCGAAACCCUAACUUCUGCCUUGGCGCACCCCAAAGUUCUCUUUUGAUGGCAGACCUCAAAGAACGCCUGCUGCCUCCAAAACCUGCAUCAGCUGUGAAUCUCAGAGAUCCAUCUUACAGGCCGUCUGCAUCUGGGCGUCAACCUUUCCAAGGUGUGGAUGUUCUAGGCUUGAAAAAGCGUGGUCAAGGCCUUCGAUCAUGGAUUCGGGUUGAUACUUUUGGUAACUCCCAAGUCAUUGAGGUUGACAAAUUUACUAUGAUGCGUCGUUGUGAUCUUCCUGCCCGUGAUCUACGCCUACUCGAUCCAUUGUUUGUUUACCCCUCAACAAUCCUUGGCAGAGAGAAGGCCAUAGUUGUAAAUCUGGAGCAGAUUCGAUGUAUUAUUACGGCUGAUGAGGUUCUGCUUUUGAAUUCUCUCGAUAGUUACGUAUUGCAGUAUGUAGUGGAGCUACAACGGAGACUGACAACUGCUGGAGUGGGUGAGGUUUGGCAGUCGGAAGGUACUGACUUGAGCAGGAGAGGAAAUAGGAAUUUUGACAUGUUUGGGAACACGUCACCGGAUUACUUGCCCUUUGAGUUCAGGGCUCUUGAAGUUGCUCUGGAGUCUGCUUGUACAUUUCUGGAUUCUCAGGCGGCAGAAUUAGAAAUUGAAGCAUAUCCAUUGCUAGAUGAACUUACAUCAAAGAUCAGCACUUUAAACUUGGAACGUGUUCGUCGAUUGAAAAGCAGACUUGUCGCAUUGACACGGAGAGUUCAAAAGGUUAGGGACGAGAUAGAGCAGCUAAUGGAUGAUGAUGGAGAUAUGGCUGAAAUGUAUCUCACUGAGAAGAAAAGUCGGAUGGAGACAUCACUCAGUGGUGAUCAAUCUUUGAUUGGAUACAGAUCAAUUGAUGGUGCACUCUCUGUUUCUGCUCCAGUUUCCCCUGUAUCUUCACCCCCUGAUGGCCGGAAGCUUGAGAAAAGUUUGAGCAUUGCUCGGAGCAGGCAUGAUAGCAUGAGAAGUGUGGAAAGUGCUACAGAAAAUAUAGAAGAGCUUGAGAUGCUGUUGGAAGCUUACUUUGUUGUCAUUGACAACACCCUUAACAAGCUGACAUCGCUAAAAGAGUACAUUGACGACACAGAAGACUUCAUCAACAUCCAGCUGGAUAAUGUCCGAAACCAGCUUAUACAAUUUGAAUUGAUACUCACAACUGCGACGUUUGUUGUUGCCAUAUUUGGGGUUGUAGCUGGGAUAUUUGGCAUGAAUUUUCAAAUACCAUUUUUUGAUGACCCAAGUGCAUUCAAAUGGGUCCUAAUAAUCACAGGAGUGGCUGGGGCUGUUAUAUUUUGUUCAUUUUUGUGGUUUUUCAAAUAUAGAAGACUGAUGCCACUGUAGAUGUUGAAGAAAAGAGGAAGCAAUGCUGCUAUGGAUGCUGAAGGAAAUUGCAAGAAACGAAGCCUGGGAAUACAGGAGUCAUUGUAAAACAUCAUCUAUUUAUUGGCUUCUAAUACAAAAAAGGAAAAUGAGGAAAUUUAAGAAGGCAGCUUUCAGAUCUAUUCUUUCAAUGUAAUUUAGUCUAUUUUUAUGUAUAAAUUCACUGGUUUUUGAAUUUCUGCAUAUUGUAGCAAUUUGCAUAUUUGUAUUAUUUUGGAAACUUCUGGAACUUUUUCAACGAUGGGACUUGACUUUGGCUGCAAGCAAGGCUCAUUGGCCUGGAUCUCGCACAGCCUUGCAACCGUUAUCACCUUACUGCAACAGAGUAGAAU